GCUUUAAAUAACGCUCUCUUGUUUUAAGCAUCAACAACAGUGUGGUGCCCUGUCAAUCACUGCCUGGGAUGGAUGGAAUGCUUAUCGACAGCUUCUGUCAAGAAAAAAAUUCUAAUCGCCCAGACGUGUUUACGUGACGUCAAGAGGCAAAGAAGAAUGCAGGUUACACCAAGCUGGUGGGUUAUUUAAAAGUCAGUGAGAGACAGGAUUGACAGGCCAGUGAAUGAGUGUCAAAUAGGCUGAAAUAGGAUGACAAAUUUAAGGAGCUCAGACAGUCCUUCACAGGCGUUGUAGGCAAGCAAGUGAGAGAUAGUGUUGCAAACAGAGAGAGCAAAAAAGAAGUCUGCAUUACCUGAAGAGCAUUCUUGCAGAAUUGCAAGGUGGACAUGUGAGAAUUGAGCUGAACUUUUUGAACUGUUCCCCCACCUUUCUCUCCCUCUCUCUUUCUCUCUUAUCUCUUUUGCUCAAAUUUGACCAAAAAUGAGUAAGCAAGACUCUCUGGCCACUUGCUUGGCGAGGAUGUAUGAAGGAAAUAGCCGUGACUCUCAGGGUAAAAACAGGGCAGUUGUUCAAGUGAAGAAGUCGGCUGGUGCAGGUCAAGGUGGUGGCUCCAAUAACCUGAGUGUGAUGGACAACAAGCUGAGUCUCCUUCAUGAAAAAGUAGAUCAAAUCGUAAACUUUCAGGGGCAAGUUCUGAAGAAACUGGAAGACAUGUCUCAUGGAAUGGGUGAACUGGAAAAGAACAUAGAAAAUCUGAAAACCUUCAAAGGUACUGAUGGAGUCGAAGAAGGGAAGGACAAUGACACCAAGUGCUCUCAAGAUGCCGGGCGCCUUGAUCAGGCUGAGAUGUUUGUGGAGCUGUUGAGACUUGUUACAUCUGUUCACCAGGACACGGCAAAACAGAGUGCGAAGUUGGACGGGAUGGAGAAAAUGCUAUCAGCUGUGGAUAAAGUCAUUCAUUUUGUAGGCGAGACCUUCAAGAAUUCCAAAAUAGUGGAGUUUAUUCUUAAAGGGAUUGUCCCUUGGAAAAAGGAGAGCUUGAUAGAAUCAGAGGCUAAAGAUAAAGUUGAAGAAACGGGUGCAAGACCAAAGCAUGGAUUAACAGCAGAGGUAGUCAAUCACAAAAAAGCAGAACAAUUCCCAAAGAUGGGAGUGGCUGUGAAGACACUCCAUCUUAUGGAAAUGUCCAGAAGCUCAAAGAUGAGAGUGCGAUUGCAAAUGAUAUCAUUCAUCAAAACUCAGGCAACGUAUCAUCAUGAGAGAGAAACCUCUCAUCAUCAGCUCCUGGAGACUGUUGCCAAAGAGAAAGAAUUGAGGCAGUCAAAUGAAUCUGAUGGCACCAGCAGAAAUGAUGUCCCCACUGAAACAACAAGAGCUGAAGAGGUGCCUGGUCAAAAUCAAGAAUCUACGCAAAGUCAGACCGUUAAGAAAGACAUCCCGCCAAAGAUUGUAGAAGUCAGCCAAAGCAAUGAGACAAAACAAGACCACAGCAUUGCAGGAAGCCUUUGCUCUCAGAGAAAAGAGACUGAGAAUAUAAUCCUUACAGUAAUGAGUGGGGCUCCUGAGGCUAUACUGGCUGCUACUCAGUCAAAGUCUGAUGGAAGUUGCACGUUGCUCCUGCAGAGGACUUCUGCCAUUUCAAGUGGUGCACAAGGGAUAUCACUCAGUGGCACCGACAGGACCUAUCCAAUGGUAAUCACUUCCAAGGAGUUUCACGAAGCAACACUGAAGACACUGACCACAGUGGGUGAAGGGGUGAAGGAGCUCCAUAAGAAGUGCAAGGAGCAGCAACAAUGCACUAGUGAUGCCAAAUCCAGUGCAGUGGGGAAGACAGCGAGGGAAAAGGCACCUAUCGCAGCAACAGGAAAACAAGCCAAAGCUUCUCAAUGCCAGCAGAAAAGGCCAACAGUUGUCAAAACACAUAAAGAUCAGAAAAGUGAGAAAAAUACUCUGGACGUUAAACAUAUCACAGAGAAAGCCUGCAAAUCGGGGAAUGCAGCGAAAGAUUCAGAAGAGCCUCAGGAAGCGAUCAAAGAGCCUGAGAAUAUUAUAGAAGUAAAGGGCUCCCCGGAAGGGGAAAGCAAUUCCACAGAGAUCACAAACAAAGCGAAAAGUUUAGAAGUAAUUAAGGUAACAGAAGAUAUAAUUAUUGAUGACAGUCCAUCACCUCCAGCUCCCUUCAACCAUCGGAUAGUGACGGCCAAGCAAGUUAAUGUGGGCUCAUCCUACACUGUCCACCACAAUGAGCUGUUAGGAGGGGGUCGUUUUGGCGAAGUUCAUAAAUGUGCGGAGACAGCAACAGGCCUAACACUUGCUGCCAAAAUAGUAAAAGUGAAAAGUCUAAAGGAAAGGGAGGAAGUAAAGAACGAGAUAAAUGUCAUGAAUCAAUUAAAUCAUAUCAACCUGAUCCAACUUUAUGAUGCCUUUGAAGCCAAGAACAAUGUCACUUUGAUUAUGGAGUACGUUGGUGGUGGAGAAUUAUUUGACCGAAUCAUCGAUGAACACUACAACCUGACAGAAUUGGAUACAAUAAUUUUUGUGAAACAGAUCUGCGAGGGAGUCUUCUAUUUACAUCAACAGUACGUGCUCCACUUGGAUCUUAAGCCUGAAAACAUUCUAUGUGUAAACAAUUCAGGAAAUCAGAUCAAAAUCAUCGACUUUGGUCUGGCCAGAAGGUACAAGCCGAAAGAGAAGUUGAAGGUUAAUUUCGGGACUCCAGAGUUUCUUGCUCCAGAAGUGGUGAAUUAUGAUUAUGUUUCAUUCCCCACUGACAUGUGGAGUGUGGGAGUCAUCACCUACAUGUUGCUUAGUGGUCUGUCCCCCUUUCUGGGCGAACAUGACACUGAGACACUGAACAAUAUUAUCAGUGGGAGCUGGGAUUUCGACGCAGAAGCAUUCGAAAAUGUUUCCGAAGAAGCAAAAGAGUUUGUUUCAAAACUACUUAUAAAAGAAAAGAGUGCGAGGAGCAGCGCCGCUCAGUGUCUGAAACACUCCUGGCUCAACAACCUACAAGAAAAGGCAAAGAACUGCAGGGUUCGUCUCAAAUCUCAGGUGUUGCUGCAGAAGUACAUUGCACAGCGCAUGUGGAGGAAAAACUUUUACGCCAUUGCGGCAGCAAACAGGUUCAGAAAGUUCCACGAGAAAACACCAACCAGCCCUAUUUAGGUUGUAACUGGGAGAGAUGCACAGAAGAAAUGGAGCAAAGAAACAAUUGGAAAAACUCAGCUUAUCAUCACCAUGAAGAGAUGAACCUCAAUGACUUUACUCCAUUCUGCUGUUACUUGCGUCCAAAUCCUGCACUUUAAUAAUUUUGAUACUACUGUAUCGUUCUUAAUUCUCCUGUCAAAAUGAUUUGGCAUUGACAAUCCCACCCCUUAGCUGCAGAAAGGCUUCAAAGUGUUUACUGUUAACAGAUAAGCUAAUCAAUUUAAACUAAAGGGCAAGGCUAAUAGUACUGCCUUUGCCAUUCUUGUUAAUAGCAUUGUAGUCAGUCUCUUUGAGGAUAUUCCUUCAAUCUUUACGCAGAUUGAAAUUUGAGCAUUAUGUAAAAUGAACCUUUUAGAGGUACAGGAUUUGGAAGAUUGUGUUCCAGAAAUCAUUGUUUUAUCCGCCUGAAAGCUUUUUAUGCUAAAACAAACAGCAAGAGAUUUAGCAAAUGGUGUGGAAUGAGCAUGAAAUCCCUUGAGGAAUUGAGUGUUAGGAUUAAGUCUAAGAAACCUAAUCCUGCAUUGACUUUACCAGGUGUGUUCCUACAUUUUAAACAUUAAUCUAUAAAUGUUACUGUUGUUAAAAACUAUAGUGAGUCUUACGCUGACAACCAAGAUAUGUUUACUGUGAAUGUCACAGCUACUGUCAAACACUUUGCUUAGAAAUCCUUUUGUACUGCAACCUCAGGGUAGUAAACUUUUAUAGGCUAUUUUUCUCUUGCAUUUAGACGUUUAGCUGCUAAUUCCACAACCUAAAAACAUUUCAGCAAAAUUGCAAUUGAUAUAGCGGCUUAUCAAGUCUUCGAGACGUCUCAAA